ACUUAGCUAAAACAAUAAGUUUAAAAUUCUGUACAUAUACGAAAAAUCCCUAAUUAUGAAUAAGAAAUGGACCUCAUUUCUUAACAGACUAAAAUUCCUAAUUCUACUGACCCAAUCCCUAGUGUCAAACAGCAGAGUUCCGUCAACUUUACUAUGGAAAUGCAGAGUAAAAUCAUGGCGAGAGGAGAUGGAGACCGACUGAGUGAUUUGCCCGACGCAAUUCUACUUCACAUUCUCUCUAUGUUGUGGAAUCCUAAAGAAGUUGUGAGAAGCAGCGUAUUAUCUAAAAGAUGGCAGUUUCUUUGGAAGUCCGUCCCAAUAUCACUCGAUUUCGAAACCUCCUUUGGUUACAGCGAAAAGGGAAUUCGUGAUUUCGUGGGUUCCGUCAAUAGAGAGCUUCAUUAUUGGAGAUCUUUCGAGAAAAUCCGAAAGUUCAGGGUUAGUCUCUAUACGUACAAGAAGAGUUAUAUUAAAGAUAUCGAUUUGUGGAUACAUUUUGCAACUAAAGUUGCUAAUGUUGAAGAUUUUACACUUGAAAUUCGCUUUGGUGGUGACUUGUAUGAGUUUCCUCAAUUUGCAUACAAGAACACAUCGCUGAGGAAUUUGGAUUUAAGAGGCUGCAAUUUGAGCCCUCCUGGCAGUGUUAACUGGAGUAGGCUCGUUUCUCUUUCACUUGGGGACCUUGAAUUGACAGAUGGUAUAAUGGGAGAAGUAUUAUCUGGUUGCCCUAACUUGGAGUGCUUGGAACUGGAUAGUGUUUCGGGCAUUCAUCGUUUGGAAAUCAGCUCUGUGAAGCUAAGAGAAUUGAGCAUACGAGAGUACCUAAAUGAGCUUGAAAUACUAGCCCCGUAUAUUCAAACUUUACAGAUUUUAGGGAUCUGCCCGGAUAUAAACUUGCAGCAGAGAAACGCGGCUUCACUUGUCACUGCAGUACUUUAUUUAACUGCUCAUUUUGAAGAUGGAGAAGACGACUUGGAGGAGGAGUGUAGCUAUUUCAAGGAACUUCUUCACAGUGUUGCUCAUGUCGAGAAUCUUGAAUUGGGUCCCUGGUGCAUCCAGUGCUUGUCCAUACUGGAGCUGAAAGGGUGGCAAUCUCAACCAUCGAGCCGGAAAUCCUUAAAACUUAACGUAGCCUUAGAUCAGAUGGACUUCCCUGGAAUUUGCAGCUUUCUCCAGAGUUCAGCGGAUCUUGAGACAUUGGUGGUUGACUGGUACAGUCACGAACCAAGAGACCUACUGUCAGAGUACACAAAUGAGGUUGAACAGAGCAGGAGGUUUGAGACACAUAAUUUCAACUGUUCAUCGCUACAUCUGAAGACCAUCAAGUUCAUUAACUUUGAUGGACCACUAAGUGGAAAUAAAUCUGUAUUGCCAUUUGUAAAAUAUUUGCUCAAGAAUGCAAUUGUGCUAGAGAAGUUCGUCAUUACUUGCAGAUUCAUCAGGAGUGAUGUGUCUCGGGAUUAUGUUAAAAUGAAACAGGAGUUCCUAAGCUUUCCAAGAUCCUCUCCGCACGCUUCAAUUGUCUUUUCUUAUCGAUAAUCUUAUGCCCCUCUCUUUUGUAUUAAUUACAGCAUAUGUAACAGCCUUUUGCUUUAUGUUUGAAACUGGUUUGUAGCUGAUAGACAAGGUUAGGAUUCUACUUAUCAGUAUCCAAGUAGUUCUUAUCAUGUCUAAGCACAAUGUGUUUAUUGACUUUAUUCUCUGAUCAUGUAAGAAAGCUUCUUCUAAGGUUGAAAGUCAUUUUGCAAAAAUAGUAUCUCAGUAUUCAUUACGAGUUGAUAUGAUUGUUUCUGUUGGCAUAUGUUAUAUGACUAAUAUUUCAAGGUAAGAUGAGGUGAAUGCCAAGAAUUCCAUCCACAUGAAGAUCUUCCAUUGGCAAAAACUUAUAGAAUAGACACUGCUAACUCUUAAGUACUACUGAUAUACUUUUUUUAUACAGGCAUCAGGCGUGGUUUAUCUGCUCCCUGUUAACCUUACUGGUACCUCAUGGUCAGCCCCAUGUGCAGAACUUGAGUGAUUUUCUCCUAUGUCAUAAAUGUACCAAUAUACUGGCAAUAUUGCCUAUAAUUGAUAUCUUUUCUCAUGAAUUUCCCUUUGGGAUGGCUUUUUGUCGUCAAAUAUAUAAAGCUAGAGCAGGUUUUUUUUUUCUAUUCAUGAUGUUGGUAAAAAGUAACUUUUCAAUUUUGUGCGGUAAUAUGAAGUCGCAGGGAGGAAUCUUUGAUGGAUUUAUUUCAUCGUUAAUUUUCAGUUAUUUGCUUGUUUCACCUUUGACCAAUUUCAGAGACGUGACAUCUCCUAUAGUCUACUGUAUGUGAUCUGGAGAUUAAAUGCUGCGUCACUUUCUUUUUUUGAUGAUGGUCGUGUCCAGACCAGCUUGCACACACCUUGACUAUCACCAAGUACUUGCUACCUCCCAUCAUCAUAGGUACCAGGAACUAUUGCCUAUUGGUGUUGUGGAGUCUGCCGAAACUAAUCAUUGCAUCGAUUCGUUGAACCCGUGCUUGAAGCAUUUCUCUGAUUGGCUACUGGAUGUCAUUGCCACUGGAGUUUUGGAUGCAUUUUUCCCUGCAGCAACACAUGAAUACGCUCCCCUAGUUGAAGAGGAGUGGAAGAUCCUGCUAUACAGAAAACAUUCCAGAGAAGAAAUGAGCUUCAUUUCCUUCCAGAUGCAGCAGAUUACUUCUUGAGCAAGGUACUUUUCGGAGUCUUGUUGAAUCAAGCUGUCCAGUAUAGUUUUUAGAGUAAUGUAGUUACAUAAAAACAUUUUGGCACUUGUUACCAUUAUCAAAAAAUAAAAAUAAAAAUUUGGCACUAAUAUCUCAAAGUAUAUGGGCGACGAGUUGUUUCAUUUAUCUAGUUGAUCUGAGUGGUGGAUCAUAUGUCGUCGAUGCGUAUUUAGCCCUGCUCGCCUGGUAACAUAGUGUUCUCAUGCAUCAGCUAUAUACUGUUACAAAUCGUUAUCGACUUUCUCCUUAAUGUUUCUACUUAUUCAUUUAUUCUCUUGUAAGUGUGCCAUGUCAGGAUCAAUUUUGGCUUUGUCCAGUUACUAGCAAAGGCAGUUGCUACCUGAAGGUCAUUUCUUUUACCAAGUAAUAUAUAAUCUGGAUCCUUUCUUGUGAAGUAUUACAUGUGAAUAUGAAACCAAUUCUACUUCGUUUUCUUGAUUACACCUGCUAUAACAGAUUCUGAAUUUGAUUAAUGCUAACAUUCAUGAAGAUAGACAAUGGAUACUGAAUUGGCUUGUUUUCUGGCUUCAUUGGUUGUUGAGGUAUCAAGCAAUGAGUGUGAGCCUUCAGAUCGAGAUAUACUGUAUGUUGAAGGGGAUGGUUUGGCUUUUAUGGAGUUCUCCUCGGAUGAUUGUUGCCUAAUGGCUGAAACCUAUGGAGACAAUCUGGAUGCCCCCGCACCACCUCUGACUAGGCAUAUUUUCUCCAGAACUAAGGGUGUCAACAUUGGCAGUUGAGAUGGCCUGGGAAAUAGCUGCAGAACCCGAGGUGCUCCUUUUCGUUUCCAGUGCGGACUCACAAUAGUAACCAGUUGCCCGCUAUGAAGCUUUAAGACCUCUAUACUUCUCUCACAGCUAGAAAGCUAUUUGUGUGGCAAGCUGGGCAAGAGAUCGAGUGACAGUUGAUGAGGCAUUCAGGUAUACAAAAGGAUCAUACUUAUAUCAUCCUUUUGUAUUAUAUGCAGAAAAUUUGAAGUUUAUGGGUUCUAAACUUGUUGUCGAACACAUAACUCGUUAUAGUUAUUGGGUUUACAAUUGAA